AUGGGAGAAGCGACGACUAUAGAGGAGGAAGAACAUGUUGCAUCGCCACCACCUACCUCUUACUACCUGGGCUCGGGUAUACCUUGCAAUCGGAAACACGCACAGAAGACAAUUCCAACAUGCGGAGGUGUUAAGAAGAAGAAGCCUAGGAUGCGAGUCCACGGAUUCCCGAGUCUCAUGGGGAACUUUCCCCCGUACCACGCUGCCCCUGUUGAGCCUGCACCGAACCCUGUGCCUGAAGCCCCUCGUGUGAUUCAGGAGAUGAGGAUGCAUGAUCCUGCCUGGAUAACCGACGUUGUGAAUGAAUGGGUACGAGACCAGGGAGGAAUCCAUCGGUUCGAAGUAGGCAAUGCUCGAAGGCAAAACCCCCAGCCACUACUGAGGAGGAUAGAUUGUCGUACUUGUUUGACCACACCCGGCGACUUAGCCACAAAGUUGAGGCCAUAG